UAUGAAAUUAACAAGAUUUAUGGUCUUAACAAAAAACUUUCUCCAAAUCCUAAUGCAGCUCGUUUGGAUGGUACGAAUAAGCUGAUGCAUAAACGUAAAGCGGCCACAAUGGAGGAUUUCUUGCAAGUGGACGAUUGGCAGCCGCCCAAAUCCAGUACCAAUGGGAAGAAACGCGUACGCUGGGCGGAUAUCGAAGAGAAGCGUGCACAAGAAAAAAUGCGGGCAAUAGGCUUUGUUGUGGGCCAAACAGAUUGGAAACGUAUGAUGGAUCCAAAUGCCGGAAAUCGCGCUUUAAAUAAAACUAAAUAUAUUGAGCGAGUCAAUAAACGGCGAUAGCUUGCGCAAUUGCAUACGAUGAUAUUGAUUACGAAUUAUACAUUUCCACAUAAACGCUGUUUACUCAUACAUACAUACAUACAUACGUACUAUGUAGUAGUAUAUUAUUAAGCAUAUGUUUUGAAUGUUUGGUUAUGAUAGUAGUGGGUUUUGGCGCAUGCAUGAAUGCAAUUGCCCUUUAUCUAUUUAUUAAGAAAAUUUACGUCAAGGAUUAAAAAAUUUUAAAACAUA